AGCGCAGAGGACGAUGGGAAGUAAAAUAAACAGCUAAACAUUAGGUCAAAUGAAACUAUCAGCAGAAUAAAAAUGGAAGAUGAAAAGAGUGAAAUGAAUUGCUGAUAUUAGUAUUGUGAUGUUCAUAACCGACCAACAAUAUCUCUCAAUACGACUUUACACAAUUGCAUGCUUUAUGCUUAUGCUUCUCUUUUCUUUUACUGCACUGGAAAUUUUGGAAUUAGAUGUAUGCGUAUGCAUUGUAAGGCAUCAGGGCUUAUAAGAGAUGGGUGAUGAUCUUAAAGCUGAGUUGUCUGAGAAAACUCCGGUUUGGGGUCUUAAGGUUUGGGAAAUAAUUGGAAUUGCAGUUGGAUUGUUUAUUAUUGUGAUCCUCUGUGUGCUUUCAUUUUGCCUCACUUCAAGGAAGAAAUCUAGAAAAGCUAGGGAAAGGAUUCCUGUUAGUCAUAUACCUGCUGUUUCAAAGGAAAUAAAGGAAGUGAGGGUUGAGCAAGUACCGGCAAAUGGAUUUGUUCCUCGUGAAGGAAUACUUCUUACAAUUCACGACAAAUCCGGUGACAAAGAAUCAGACAAAGUUAUGGUUCAUUUAGGUGUUGGGAAGAUGAUGCCUGGGGAUAGCGGCAGUCACUCAGAUUCGUUUCAUUACUUGGAGAAAGAUGGAGGUGGCUCACAAUCAGGGGAAGAAGUUAGCUCUGGCACGGUUAGGAUGUACAAGGCCUCUUCUUCAUACCCCAUAACAGCUCCUUCACCCCUCUCUGGCCUUCCAGAAUUCUCUCACUUGGGUUGGGGUCACUGGUUUACACUGAGGGAUCUUGAACUUGCUACAAACCGUUUUUCAAAAGAAAAUGUGAUUGGUGAGGGUGGGUAUGGAGUUGUUUACCGGGGACAGUUGAUCAACGGGACUCCAGUAGCAGUUAAAAAGAUACUCAACAACAUUGGUCAAGCAGAGAAAGAAUUUAGAGUGGAAGUUGAAGCUAUUGGACAUGUCCGACAUAAAAAUUUGGUUCGUCUUUUGGGGUACUGCAUGGAGGGGACUCACAGGAUGUUAGUCUAUGAGUAUGUCAAUAAUGGAAACUUAGAGCAAUGGCUUCAUGGAGCUAUGCGCCACCAUGGAUAUCUUACCUGGGAAGCACGUAUCAAGAUUCUCCUUGGCACAGCUAAGGCGUUUGCAUAUUUGCAUGAAGCGAUUGAGCCAAAGGUGGUACACCGAGAUAUCAAGUCAAGCAACAUAUUAAUUGAUGAUGACUUUAAUGCUAAGGUUUCUGAUUUUGGCCUGGCCAAGUUACUGGGUUCUGGGAAGAGUCAUGUUGCAACGCGAGUUAUGGGAACCUUUGGAUAUGUGGCUCCUGAAUAUGCAAAUACUGGUCUUCUAAAUGAAAAAAGUGACGUUUAUAGCUUUGGUGUUGUGCUAUUGGAGGCAAUUACAGGAAGAGAUCCAGUUGACUAUAGUCGUCCAGCACAGGAAGUUAAUAUGGUUGAUUGGCUUAAGAUGAUGGUUGGAAACAGGCAAUCUGAAGAAGUGGUAGACCCAAACAUUGAGAUGAGACCAUCUACCAGAUCUCUGAAACGGGCUCUCUUAACUGCUUUGAGAUGUGUAGAUCCAGAUUCUGAGAAAAGACCCAAGAUGGGUCAAGUUGUGCGAAUGCUCGAGUCAGAGGAGUACCCUUUACCAAGAGAGGACCGUAGGCAGCGUAGAAAUCGUGGUGGCGUUAGCACAGAAAUUGAAUCUCAGAAGGAUUGUUCUGACACAGACGGGAGUGACAUUCAGGGUUCUAGAUCAGAAAUUGGAAGGUCCUUCGUAUUUUCAUAUACUUCUAUGUAUAUAAUUUUUUCAUGUGAAAAAGAUCUUAGAAGCACUGGUGAUGGAGAGAAAAUGUAGAAUAUUUUCUUUUCCUUUUUUUUAAAGAAAGAUACAAAAGAAAGGCAAAAGCAUACCACGUAUCUUAGGUGUGAAAGCAACAAGAGAACCAACAUAUUACCAUUUUAUUGGCAAACAACCUUACUCUUGAGGCUUCGCCCACUUGAGAGGUUUCACCACCUCCCAUGUGAAGUCAGGGUCAUCUCUUCCAAAGUGGCCAUAAGCAGCAGUUUUCAAGAACCUUCCAUUUCCACCCCUCUUAAGGUCCAAAUUAAUGGAAAUCAUUCCUGGCCUGAAAUCAAAGAUCUCCUUCACAAGCUUCAAAAUCUCCUUGUCAGGAAUCUCUCCAGUGCCAAAAGUGUCAACAAACACUGAUAAUGGGUCAGGAACACCAAUUGCAUAUGAUAUCUGCACAAUGCACCUUCUAGCAAGUCCAUUAGCCACAAUACUCUUGGCAGCCUGUCUAGCAAUAUAGGCUCCACUCCUAUCCACCUUGGUAGGGUCCUUCCCAGAGAAAGCACCACCACCAUGAGCUCCCCAACCACCGUAUGUGUCAACAAUUAUUUUGCGCCCUGUGAGACCUGCAUCACCAUGAGGGCCACCGAUGACAAAACGGCCUGAUGGGUUGAGAUGGAAAAUUGUCUUCUCAUCCAAGUACUUCUCAGGAAUAACAGGCUUAAUAACAUGCUCGUUAAGGUCUGCAGCAAUCUCAUCAUUGGUAACUGUUUCAUCAUGUUGAGUGGAUAUGAGAACAGUGUGGACACGUACUGGGACCAUAGCACCAUGUUCAUUAGUAUAUUCAACAGUGACUUGGGUUUUCCAUCAGGUCUCAACCAAGGACAUGCCUCAUUCUUGCGUACUUCACGUGCACCCAGCUUGGUUGCAAGGACAUGGCUGAGAGGCAUAAACUCAGGUGUUUCGUCUGUGGCAUAGCCAAACAUGUGACCUUGAUCACCAGCACCUAUCUCUUCAGGUUGCUUGGUGAGGUGGGCAUGGACUCCCUGGGCUAUGUCAGGGCUUUGCUGCUCAAGGUAGAUCAAUACAUUGCAGUUGUCAGCAUCAAGGCCAACAUCACUGGACACAAAUCCUAUAGAACGGCACGUGUCACGCACAAUCUUCUCAUAGUCUAUGUUGGCUUUUGUGGUGAUCUCUCCAAAUACCAUGACCAAGUUAGUCUUGGUGCAGGUCUCACAGGCAACCUUGCUUUCAGGGUCUUGCUCCAGGCAUGCAUCAAGAACUGCAUCAGAUAUCUGAUCACACAGCUUGUCAGGAUGACCUUCAUUCACUGACUCAGAAGUGAAUAAGAAGGUAUCCAUUCUCCUCAAGUUUCAAGCUACAAGAGGAAAACGAAGUGACGUAUUGAAAAUAUGAUUCAGAUGGUUCCUGCUGAAAUGUCUGGUUUACUCAUAAAUAAAGCAAUGAUAAAAGUUUGAGAUAUCAUGUUUAAGCUUUGAAUAACGGACAUUGAACAGCAUAUGACACAAAUUUGGAACAUAAUUCUCUAAGAAUCAUAGAUAGAUGCGACAAUCUUUUUC